GACAAAACCGCUUGUGUCGCGUCUUUGAGUUCAUCGCCUCGAUAGAUCUAAUCAGGAAGUCGUCUCUCUCUUCUCCCAAACCAAAACGCUUCUUUUUUUUUUUAAUUAAAAAAAAAGAUUAUGGCUGAGGCAUCAGCUGCUUUGAGGAAGCCUGUGUUCACAAAGGUUAAUGAGCUGAGGCCAGGAACCAAUGGCCACUCACUCAACGUGAAAGUUGUCAGCACGAAGACGGUGAUGCAGAGAGGUGGAGGAGGUCGUCCUAGUGGUCCCCAGGCUCGUCAGAUGAGGAUUGCUGAAUGUUUAGUUGGUGAUGAGACUGGUAUCAUUAUCUUUACUGCCAGAAACGAUCAAGUGGAUUUGAUGAAAGAAGGAAAGAUAGUGACACUGCGCAAUGCAAAGAUCGACAUGUACAAGGGAUCUAUGAGGCUUGCUGUUGAUAGAUGGGGCCGCGUUGAAGUUGCUGAGGAGUCCACUGACAUCACUGUCAAGGAAGAUAACAAUCUUUCGCUCAUCGAGUAUGAGCUUGUGAGCGUCGAAGCUUGAUUUGGUUCAUCCUGCCAACCACCAAAAAUGUAAGCAGAGUGAGACUCAGAAGACCCCCAUUUUCUAGUUGGAGAAGCAAUAGCAGCCUCUCUCUCUCUGCUUUGAGUUUUGUUUAUCAGAAUUUGUAGUCUUUAAUGUAUUCUCCAAGCUUAACUCUGUUCUCGUUUUGAAAAUCAAGUUGCAGGUAUUUUUAUUAUGUA